GGCUGGGAAGCGGCGCCAUAUUGGCGUCGGCCGCGCUGUAUUGUCAUAAAUAGAGCCGGUUUUGUGGUGUUUUCACUACUCGGUUGGAUGCCUCGGCCGUAGUAAGUGAGAAAGUGAGCGAGCAAGCGAGCUACAAGCGACCGGAGGAAAGUCGACAGGAGGAGAAGGGAAGAGCAAGAACUUGACUCCAGAGAGAACGAUACUCGCCGGUGAGGAAGACGCAGGAAGCGAUGAAAGAGAUGUCUGCAAACACCAUGCUGGACAGCCAGCGUCAACAAAAGCAUUAUGGAAUCACUUCUCCAAUUAGUUUGGCAUGUCCUAAAGAAAUUGAUCAUAUUUACACACAGAAAUUAAUUGAUGCCAUGAAACCCUUCGGAGUGUUUGAAGAUGAGGAAGAAUUGAACCACAGGCUUGUUGUUCUUGGUAAAUUGAACAAUUUAGUAAAAGAAUGGAUUUCUGAUGUCAGUGAGAGUAAGAAUCUCCCACCUUCUGUUGUGGCUACUGUUGGUGGUAAAAUUUUCACGUUUGGCUCCUAUAGGCUUGGAGUACACACGAAAGGAGCUGACAUUGAUGCACUUUGUGUAGCUCCAAGACAUGUGGAGAGAUCUGAUUUUUUUCAGUCUUUUUUUGAAAAAUUGAAACAUCAAGAUGGCAUUAGAAACUUAAGAGCUGUAGAAGAUGCCUUUGUACCUGUCAUAAAAUUUGAAUUUGAUGGAAUUGAAGUAAGUGUUUAAUAUUUUUUCUGACUUUGCA